CUCUGGUCAACCGGAGAGAGGAUGCAUCAAUUGCGUGGAGCAAAUGAGAAGCACGUAGUGUCUAGAUAUCUCUAGUCUCUCCUCUUGAACAGAAACGAUCAUUUAAUUCUCUUUGAUGUAAACAAUAUAAAUAAUGACCAAAUUCAUAGUGUCGUGGAACGUACAAUUUUGCCUGUUACUUUUGGCCGUAUAUAUUUGUUUUAUCAACAUCUCAGAAGCUUCGUCCGACCACUUUCAGCAUACACUGGGUCACGUGAAGCCACAAGCUUCAGCAAAAGUCCAGGCUGAAGCUGCUCGUAAAGUCGCUCAAAGACUUUUAGGAACGAUCGGAGCUUCGCUAUUUUCUAUUUCUGUUGAUCCUGAUUUCGGUAUCUCAGGACGAGAUCGAUUUAAGAUAUCCAAGAGUGUCGAAGAUAAUGUUGAGAUUCUGGCGACAAGUGGUGUGGCUGCUGCAUGGGGUCUUCAUUAUUAUUUGAAGCAUUAUUGCAACGUCCACAUCGCCUGGGAAGGAAUGCAAUUGGAACUUCCUAAUAAGCUACCGGAAGUGGAGCUGACAGUCACGUCGAACGACAGGUUUAGAUAUUAUCAAAAUGUGGUAGUGGCUGGAUACAGUACUGUGUGGUGGAAAUGGGAGCAAUGGGAGAAGCAUAUAGAUUGGAUGGCUUUGAACGGUAUCAACUUGGCAUUGGCAUUUCAUGGACAGGAAGCGAUUUGGCAGAAGAUUUAUCUAGGUCUAAAUAUGACACAGGAGGAAAUUGAUGAACAUUUUGGUGGUGUUGCCUUUCUGCCUUGGGCUAGGAUGGGUAAUAUUCGUGGCUGGGGUGGCCCACUGUCAUCAUCGUGGCACAAGCACACUGUGAUACUUCAACAUCAGAUUUUGGGACGAAUGAGAGAACUAGGAAUUAUUCCUGUAUUGCCUGCAUUUGCUGGUCAUGUACCACGAGCAUUGACAAGACUCUUUCCUGCUGCAAAUGUCACUGAGACACAGUGCUGGAAUCAUUUUAAUGAUCAAUAUUGCUGCCCUAACUUACUAAAUCCUGUAGAUCCCCUCUUCAAGAAGCUUGGCUCUGACUUUUUAAAAGAGUAUAUAAAUGAAUUUGGCACUGAUCACGUCUACAGCUGCGACACGUUCAAUGAAAAUGAGCCGCCUACCACUAAUUUGGCGUCCUUGAGAAAUAUCAGUCGUUCCAUUUAUGAUGCUAUGACAACUGUGGAUCCUGGUGCUAUUUGGCUCUUGCAAGGCUGGUUAUUUGUUCAUGACAUCAUCUUCUGGACAGAGUCCAGAGUAGAAGCAUUUAUAACUUCAGUACCAAUAGGCAAAAUGAUUAUCCUGGAUCUUCAGUCAGAACAAUUUCCACAAUACACAAGACUAAAGUCAUAUUAUGGUCAACCAUUUAUAUGGUGCAUGCUUCACAAUUUUGGCGGAACCCUGGGAAUGUUUGGUUCAGCAGCGAUCAUAAAUAAGCGGGUAUUCGAGGGUAGACAACUUCAAAAUGGCACUAUGAUCGGCACAGGCAUUACUCCUGAAGGUAUCAAUCAGAAUUACGUCAUGUAUGAAUUAAUGAAUGAAAUGGCAUAUCGACGUAAUUCAGUUAACCUUGAUACAUGGUUUGAGGAUUAUUCCAGAAGAAGAUAUGGAUCCUGGAACGAGUACACCGUGAAAGCUUGGAAAACUUUGGGCAGGACAAUUUACAAUUUCUCAGGACUUCAAAGAGUAAGAGGUCAAUACGUCAUUACGAGACACCCCAGUUUAAAAAUAAUACCUUGGUCAUGGUACGACCGGGAUCAGAUACUCUCCACCUGGCAAGUAUUCCUUGAGGGUAGAUAUGGCCGACGAAAUAGUACCCUGUACCGCCAUGAUGUUGUGGACCUUACACGGCAAGUUCUUCAACUAACCGCCGACAUCAUCUACACAAACGUGCUGAACUCCUUCAAUAAGAAAAACAUCACGGCACUCAGAAAGCAGGCAUCCUUGAUGCUGGAACUGUUUGACGAUCUGGAAAAGAUUCUAGCGUCAAGCAAGGACUUCCUACUCGGCGUCUGGCUUCGCGACGCCAAGUCUGUCGCCACUAACAAAGCAGAAGAAGAAUUAUACGAGUACAAUGCAAGAAAUCAAAUAACCCUAUGGGGUCCUAAUGGUGAAAUACGUGAUUACGCAAAUAAACAAUGGUCGGGAGUGGUGGCCGAUUAUUUCAAGCCGCGAUGGGCCGUAUUUCUAAAAGCUUUAGAGGACUCGCUGUCAAGUGGCAAGAAGUUUAACGCCACGGAAGUCAAUAAAAGAAUAUUCGAUACAGUGGAGCAGCCAUUCACAUUUUCAAGGAAAAUCUAUCUAGAUGAACCCCAAGGUGACAGUAUUGACAUAGCUUUGAACCUGAGGGACAAGUGGAAAAAGAAAGACAAUUUCUUACACGGUCAAUCCGCAAAUUGUAAUCACAAUCACUGAAAACUCUCUCGCAUAUGUACUACAUCUAUAUACAUAUAUAUGCACUCUUCAAACCAUACCCACCAGCCACCAUCCUUUCUACUGGCAACCCUAAAGUUUCUUCUCUUGAGACGCAUCUCCAGUCAGCGAUCGAUCCUAAACGACCCACCACAUACCAAUUAAUAAACCUAUACCUAGAGACAACUUCCUGACCAAACUAAUAACGUCCAGAAACGAAACUGUAUCUGUAUACAGAACAAAUGGCGUCUAUAAGCAAACUGACGAAAACUAAUAAACCCAGCCAGGAAACAUCGGUCCGUUUCACACAAUACACACACACGCAAUACGUGCCUUCUUGGUAAACCAUAGAAGAGUCGUUUGCUAUAGCCUGAGGCACAUUAUCUAGUUUCUAUACCUACUGCACUGCGAUGCUAGUCAGCACGUGAGCGCCUUAUAACCUAACGUAACAUGUAAGCCAUAUCGUAUAGAACGCAUAGAGCCUGCAGC